UAUAAUGGAAUAUAGCAUCCAUCGUCGUCUCUGACUGAGCCACGGGUUCAUUUUUUAGCAUGAGUAAUCUGCAGGGUUUAGCUCCAAGUUCCAACCCGAUUCAGAAUCCAAAUCCGAAACCAAUUACGGACCCAAAAUUGCUGUCGUUCGAUCAGGUCUCCAAGUUGUUCAAUUUGCCUCUCUCUGAUGCUGCUGAAUCCCUAGGUGUUUGUGCAAGUGUUCUCAAGAAAAUAUGCUAUGAGAAUGGUCUGGUGAGGUGGCCAUAUCGAAAGGUCAUCUCUGGAAAGAGUAUUGAAGAUAUAAAGAAGGAGGCGUUGAGGGAAAAACAAGAGCGAUCUGUGGAAUUUUCCAAAGCACCUGGAGAAAAGAAUGGUUCUUUAGCCAGUUCUGCAAUCUUAUCAUUUUCGGGCUCCCCAUUGCCAAACAAGAGUAGUAUUAGCUCCACAAUGGAAAUGUCAAAAGCAGGGGCUUUCUCACAUCAGCAAGGAACCAGGAAUUUUCAAUCUGGAAGUUCACCGCAUUACCGUAUCUCUAACCUGACAAAAGGAACUUCAGUCAGUUACGAUGAAUUCAAAUAUGGUUUUCCAUCUGAUGGCUUGUCUACUGCAACGUAUAGGUGGUGGGGAAACAAGAGUCCUGAUGGUAACCAGGAUAGCCAACUGAGUGAUGACAAUGCCAAAAACAGCAACGAGCAAGCAGAAAUAAUAGCAGAGAAAUCCGAAGGCCAUACAAGUGUUGAUUCCACGGGAACGACUUUACUGACAAAUGUGAGGAAACGAGCUGUCAAAGAGGGGAAAGAAACGCUGAGGCUUAAAGUUUAUAUAGGACGUAGUGCAAACAUGCUUGAUUCAACUAAACGAAAGAUUCUUCAUCAGGUAUUCAAAUCGUAUUUUCAUGUCCAUGAAGAUAUGAGUAACUUUGACUCAUGAUAAAGGACCAACAAUCGUCUUUUCUCGACAUGAUGGAAUGAACAGAACGAACAAUGAUCAUUUCAAGACUCACACGAAGAGGACAUGUUACAUCAAGGUUUCAGUGCUGUGUGUGGAGUUUACCAGGCAAUUUAUAAAAGUUAUGUUUUCUUUGACUAUGACUGAGAUGAGAUUCAUGAACUCCCAUAGGCAAGAUCAGUUGCCAAUAUAUGAAUUUUUAGUUUGAUCUUUGAUUA